GCAGGCGUUUUCACGCUUCAGUGGCAUCGAGCAAUUUUCGCAAUUCAGUCCAAUAUCAACAUUGCAGACGAUCGCUCCUAUUUAGUACCGUAAUAUUUCAUUUGAUAAAGUUUAUCGAUAACGUUAUGUGCGAUUUAAUGCAGACAUGAACACGCGCCGCACAAAGACCUCAGGAAGUAACGUUAUAAAGUGAUUGUAGUGCCGUAGUGAUCGUGAAACUCAAUGUGCGUUCAUGUUACUUGUGGCUAAACAAUAAUGCAGUGGGUAAAAAAUCAGUUUCAUUGGCGGAUGUGUAUGUUGGAACACGCGUCUCCGGUUAAUUUCUACGUGAGCUGUUGGCAAAGUAACCGCUCGUCUCUGCCGCUGCUAUGGCUCAGAAGCGUGCUUCUCUUGUAUUCAACGUGCGUGCUCAUUGCAUCUAUGGUCAUGCUGCCCUUGACAUUGGACAUACCUCUCGGCUACUGGUUCAUAUAUCUAACACACUGGGGUUUGCUACUAAUUGUUCUCACUGAAGCGUUUUCUACUGCCGUUUCAGCAUAUGCUUACUUUAAAAAGCCUAUUGAUGCAACAUUUGGACUGCCAUGGUACGUGAAGACGUACUGGGUUCUGUACAACAUAUCCAUCCCCGUGGCGUUUCUCAUCACUGUGUUCUACUGGGGCAUUUUGAAAACGUCCCCGAACACGGUGAACUACGCCCCUAACCCGAUCCUGGACGUGAUGCUGCACGGCGUGAACUCGGCGGUGAUGGUGGUGGAACUGGUGUUCUCGGCGCACCCCAGUCGGCUGAUGCACGUCAUGCAGCCGCUGUAUUUUGCCGGCGCUUACAUGCUAUUCACUGUCAUUUAUUACUUCGCUGGAGGAGUUGAUCCGUGGGGAAAUCCGUUUGUCUACCCCGUCGUGGACUGGUCGAAGCCAGAGCAGACGAUGGUGGUCAUCACACUGACAGCGCUGUUUCUCGCUCUAAUGCAUCUAGUCACCGUAGCAGUGGCAACAGUACGUGAUAGCAUUGCUAAAAGAUGCUCAAAGGAUACCACAGGCGUUUACAAUGACGGAUUCAAAUAUUAGAAGCAGUGUACUUGAAUCUUUAAAGGAAGAUGUGUUCGUGAAAAAGAUGCGCAAGACUUCUAGUGAAAGAAAGACGCAAUUUGGAUACUUGAGGUUUUAGUAGGAGUUUAAAGUGGUGUGUGAAAGCCAAAUGCACCCGGUUGUGGAGACUUUCUAAUUGAGAAAGUGUAAACGUUCUUAAUUAAUGAGACGGGAUUAAGCCCCUGGGUUUGAAUGCCUUUGAAAAGGCGUAUUUGAAAAAUAAUUCUUGUAACUUAGAGAAAGACAUCUGAUGUAUAUUAUUUAAGAUUCCAUGACAAAGACAGAAGUUUAUUUAAAUUUGCAACGACUGUGACAUUGUAAAGAUUAUCUUGUCUCUAUAUUUCUUUACAUAGAGCAAAUUUGUAUAAUAUGAAUCUACCUCUACUAAUCGCCUAUAAAAUGCAAAUUGAGUUUAGAAGUGGCAUAAUUAUCCUGAUUACUUAUUAUUAUGUUAAUUUAAUUUUGACAAUGAAUUUAAUAUCAAAAGAUACCAUUGUGAUUGCGUUAAUGCACAUCGAUAUCUCAUUAUACCAUCUGUAUUACGUAACACCUAUAGUAAAAAAAACAUUUGUGAUAUUACUUUAGUCAAUUUAAGCACCAAAAUAACAAAUAUUAUAAACUAGGAAGUAAGUUUUGUAUUGUAAAUACCAAUUGUAAUAAAGUGUGAUGAAAGAAUUUGCAAGAAUGAA